AUCGAUACAACGGUGCAGAACCGCAGUCCGCACUCGUCACAGCAACAUCUUUAGAAGUUUCUCACGAUUCGCGGUCCGUCGAUUCGAUUGAGUUCAACAACUGAAGCGCGUCUCGAGUCGAGGGAGGGGAAAAUCGAAAAACGAAUAUGCACCGCCCCAGAAGUAAUUCUGGAAAAAGUUCUGGCAAUGUCCUCGUCAAAAUAUCGUCAAGAUUGCGCGCAAGUGACGUGCCGCCGAUCACCUGAUACCCCUACACCCUUCGCUCGAAUUGAAAAAAAAUAAUCCAAAAAUACCUAUCGGGCGACUCGUACGACGGUCUGAUAUUCAUUCGAAAACAGAGGUGAGUAAACGGGUAGUCGGACGCGAUUCUAAGAUUUCGAAUUCGUUCGUUGGUUUUCGUUCUCUUUCUAAUUUUUUGUUCCAAGAGAAUGCCGCCUAUUCUCCCCGUUUCCCCACCUCUGUACAAAACCGUACUUAGGACCGCUAUAAAAACCCCGUCGAAAUUGAAACCAGCAGAAAACUUCGCACAGCUGUCUAACUCUCAUCAUGAAUUCUCUGUCGUUCGUCGCGAUGCUCUUCGGAGUCGCCUUCGCCGUUCAACCGGGUCAGGAGAAAAGCGCGCCGAUCGAAAGCCAAGUGAUCGAGGUCGGGCCGGAGGGUGAUUUUCAAAAUUCAUGGUCCGGAAACGGAAUCGCCGUUCGGGAGGCGGGAUCGUUGAAAUCUCUUGGGAACGCGAACGAUACCGCUCAGGUGAUUCAGGGAGUUAUCGAGUACACCGCGCCCGACGGAACCCCCGUGAGAACGACGUACGUCGCCGAUGAAAAUGGUGCGAGAUUCGAAGGAGCUCAUCUACCAUCGCCGCCGACGCCCCAGCAAAUUCCCGCCUACAUCGCCAAAGCUAUUGAGUGGGCGCGCGAGCACCCGUACGACGAGGAAGCCCUACUCAAGAAAACCUACUGACAAUGAGUUAUUUGUUACCCGCGAAGCCGGAUGUCGACUCGCGAUAACAAUAACACUAGUUCGCCCGAUCAAUAAAUGAGAAAAUUAUUUCAAUAUCAA